AUGGUGCGCGGCAAGGUCCUCGUCGUCGCCGGGAGCGACAGCGGCGGCGGCGCCGGGAUCCAGGCGGACAUCAAGACCUGCCUCGCCCUCGGCGCGUUCGCGACGACCGCGAUCACGGCGCUCACCGCGCAAAACACGCUCGGCGUGCACGGCGUGCAUCCCACGCCGCUCGACUUCGUCGACGCGCAGAUCGACGCCGUCGUCAGCGACCUCCCCCCCGACGCGGUGAAGACGGGCAUGCUCGCGAACGCGGAGACGGUGACGCGCGUCGCGUCCGCGAUUAAAUCGCGCGCGCUGAAGAACGUCGUCGUGGACACGGUGAUGAUCGCAAAGGGCGGCGCGUCGCUCCUCGAGGCGGACGCGAUCGGCGCGCUUCGCGGCGCGCUCAUCCCUCUCGCGACGGUCAUCACCCCGAACGUCCCGGAGGCCGCCGCGCUGCUCGGAAUGGACGAGAAGGACUUCAACCGAGACGCGAUGGAGUCGCGCUGUCGCGAGCUCGGGAAGCUGGGAUGCGCGUGGGUGCUCCUCAAGGGUGGGCACGUCGUCGACGACCUCGCGUCCGCGACGGAUCAUCUCUACGACGUCCGAAACGAUUUGAUGCGUUCGUUCACCGCGCCGCGGAUAACGACGCACAACACGCACGGCACGGGGUGCACGUUCGCGAGCGCGAUCGCGGCGUCGCUGGCGCAGGGGAUGGACGUCCCGUCCGCGGUGCGCCGAGCGAAGGCGUACGUCUCCGCCGCGAUCGCGUCCAAUCCCGGGUUCGGCUCCGGGCACGGCCCGCUGAACCACCUGCCGUUCUACGCCGCGAGCGCGGGGGGGCUCUCGGCGCUCAACACUGACCGGAGCUCGAGCGGAGACGACUCGGGGUCGAGCGGGGGCGACUCAGGGUCGAGAGGGUCGACUGAAAGGCCGUUCGAUCGGCGCGCGCUGCGUCUGUACCUCGUCACGUGCGACGCGUUGACGGAGGAUAAAUUGCGCGACGCGCUCGCCGCGGGGGUCACGAUGGUGCAGAUGCGCGAUAAGACGACCGCGUCGACGCGCGAGUUGAUCGCCAAGGCGCGCGCGAUGAAACGCGUCUGCGACGCCGCCGGGGUCCCGUUCAUCGUGAACGACCGCGUCGACGUCGCGAUCGCGGUGGACGCGUGCGGCGUGCACUUGGGGCAGUCGGACGCGCCGUGCUCGUUCGCGAGGGCGCUGCUGGGACCCGGGAAGAUCGUGGGCGUCAGCGCGCGGACGCCGGAGCUCGCGUCCGAGGCGAAGCGCGACGGCGCGGACUACGUCGGCAGCGGCGCGUGUUUCGGGACGGAGAGCAAGGGCGACGCGAAGGUCAUCGGGUUGGAGGGCGUGCGCGCGGUGGCGGAGCGGUGCGAGGCGUUGGAUCUGCCCGUCGUCGCUAUCGGGGGGAUCACGACGGAGACGGGAAAGAGAGCGCGAGAGGAGACGCGCGCGGACGGGAUCGCGGUCAUCUCGUGCGUCGCGAACGCGCCGGACGUCGCCGCCGCGGUGAGAGCGCUGCUCUGA